AUGAAUAGGCCGGGAGAUUGGAACUGCAGAUCGUGCAACCACCUCAACUUUCAAAGGAGAGAUUCUUGCCAACGUUGCAGAGAGCCUAAACCCGGCGGCAUCAAUACCGACUUAUUUAGCGGUUUUGGUGGCCGCCCGAUAAGCAACUCUUUUGGUUUUAACACCGGGGCUGAUGUGAGGCCUGGUGAUUGGUACUGCAAUCUUGGGAAUUGCGGUACCCACAACUUUGCUAGCAGAUCUAGUUGUUUCAAGUGCGGUGCCGCUAAAGAUGAGUCUUCACGUUCCGCUGCCGUUGCAGCCACUGGUUUUAUAGACAUGAAUGACGAUCCAAGACGCAACCUUUUUGGUUUUGGUAGUAGUAGUGGUGGUGGCACCGGCCGUUCUUCUUGGAAAUCUGGAGACUGGAUUUGCUCAAGGUCAGGCUGCAAUGAACAUAACUUCGCAAGCAGGUCAGAGUGUUUCAGGUGUAACGCACCAAAGGAACCUACCACCAAUCCACCCUAUUAG